UAUCGUAGAAUCGAGCGCGCGCACCAUGCUGCUGCAUACUAUAUUAUUAUGUUCUGUAUUGUCCGCGAACGCGUACAAAUUGCUCGUAGUGUUCCCCAUACCAUCGAAAAGCCAUGGCAUUUUGGGUGAAGGUUUCGUAACACAUUUAUUGAAAGCUGGACAUGAAGUGACAUACGUAACGCCUAUACUCAUAAAGGAAUCUCCUGGAUUGCAACAAAUCGAUGUGUCUGAAAAUGCAAGAGUUCUGUCACCAGAAAUUUUCGACGUAUCUAAAGUUUUAACGAAGGAACUAAAUCUACAAGACUACGAAUUAUGGUCGGUGGUGAUGACAGAAAUCUUAAAUAUAACUUUUAAUUCUGAUAAUGUCCAACGCCUCCUGAAUGAUAAAGAUGAGAAAUUCGACGCCGUGAUCGUAGAGUGGCUGUUUACAGAACUGGGAGCUGGAUUGUCUGCUAUCUUCAAUUGUCCAUUAAUAUGGUCUUCAUCUAUGUCACCACACACAUACGUCACGUCAUUGGUAAAUGAGCACUUAAAUCCCGCAUACACACCGACACUUUUGUCGACCAAAUUUUCUUUUGACUUUUGGGACCGUGCCUUGAAUUUGUGGACCUACCUAAAGAUUUGGAAUCAUAAAAGACAGUUUGCAGAUAAAGAGACUAAGGUCUAUGAGGAAGUGUUUGGACCAGCCGCUGCUCUGAGAGGACAGAAGUUACCAGCUUUCGACGAAGUCAGAUAUAACGCCUCACUUAUGUUUGGUAAUUCCCAUGUGUCGGUGGCUGAGACUAUUGCUCUGCCACAAAACUAUAAAGACAUCGGUGGAUAUCAUAUAAAAAGAAACGUUGAUCCUUUGCCACAGAAUUUACAACAAAUUAUGGACAACUCAAGAGAUGGAGUGAUAUACUUCAGUUUGGGUAGUUUGCUUCAACCCCAGAAAAUGCCCAUAAAAAUGAAAAGGGAUCUUCUGAACUAUUUCAGUGCACUAAAACAGACAGUCAUUUGGAAGUUAGGGGAAAAUCUGACUGAUGUCCCCAAAAACGUACACUUAUUUUCUUGGGCACCUCAACAAAGUAUUUUGGCUCAUCCAAACUGCGUACUUUUUAUCACUCACGCUGGAUUACUCUCGAUUCUGGAAGCCAUAUACUUUGGGGUCCCAAUAAUUGGGUUGCCGUUCUUCGCUGAUCAGUUCGUAAAUAUUGAGAGAGCAGUAGCAAAGGGCUUUGCCAAGAGGUUGGACUUUAGUUACAAUUCACCAGUGGAACUAAACGAAGCGAUUAAAGAAAUCCUCUCUAAUACAAGUUACCGGGAUCGCGCAAAAGACUGGUCAUCUAUUUAUCACGACAAGUUGGUCUCUCCAGAAAAGGAGUUGGUGUUUUGGGUGGAACAUGUCAUCAAAACUCGUGGUGCAAAACAUCUCAGAUCAAUUGCGUUAGCAACAGAGUGGUACAAGAAAUAUUACAUGGAUUUACUAGCAUGUUCAUUACUUAGCAUUAUAGUGUUAUCUUUGGCGCUGUGUAAACUUUUACCGGUGUUUAAAAAUAAUAAAAAGAAGACUGAUUAAGCAUCAUUUGCACAUUUAUAUCGUUUGUUAUAUUGCUUUGCUGUUAUGAAUAUUUUUGUGAUAUUUCUUUUUCGUUUUAAGUUCUUAUGUUAUAUCAUUGCAAUGUA